UCAUGCCAUAGUGUGAUAUGACUUCAUUCUUCUUCAUUCGACUUCCACCUUCAAUAUUCUCUGCAUUUCAUCUGAGUGUUCUGAGCUCGGUGAAUGGAGAUGGGUGACGAGGGGCAGGGAGAUGACGCCGUGUGGCAGAUUGGAGUCUUUGACUCGCAUUGCCAUCCUACCGAUAUCAUGGCAUCAGUCAACGACAUUGCUGACAUGAAGGCCCGAGUCCUCACGGUCAUGGCUACAAGGGCAGAAGAUCAGGAAAUGGUCGAGAAGACUGCAAAGAUGUAUCCAAUCGACUUCAAACUUGACGUUUCCAAUCCAACCUCAAGAUACGUGGUUCCUGCCUUUGGAUGGCAUCCAUGGUUUUCACAUCAAAUGUACGACGAUCGCGAUCAAAAGGGUCGACCGGAGGCAGUCGAGCAUUAUCGCUCCGUCCUCGUACCGACACCUGACGAUGAUGAUUUUCUGCACGCUCUGCCCACUCCACGCUCGCUCAGCGAGUUCUUGAAGCAGACCGAAGCACGACUUCAAGAGUUUCCUUUCGCACUGGUGGGAGAAGUAGGACUGGAUCGUGGCUUUCGCCUACCUGAAGGCCCAAGCGCUACGACUGGUGACAUGGGCAACAAGACUGGAGGAUCUGAGGAGGAGUAUACACCUGGAUCCCGCGAGGGUAGACCUCUAACACCUUACCGGGUAGAUAUGGACCACCAGAAGAUCAUUCUCCGAGCUCAGUUGGAACUUGCCGCUAAGAUGCGCCGACCCGUCUCCGUCCACGGUGUGCAGGCCCACGGACACGUUUUUGACUUGAUGCGGAGUAUGUGGAAGGGGCACGAGAGGCCAUCGAAGCGUGAAAGGAAAAGGAGACCGGACGCUCCCAACGCUCAUCCUCAGGACGAUGCCGAGACCGACAAGGACCUCCCCUUUCCGCCUCGCAUAUGCAUGCACUCCUACUCUGGACCUCCGGAUGCUCUCAAGCAGUUUCUCAACCCAACUGUGCCGGCUAAUAUCUAUUUUUCUUUCUCCACGGCGGUCAAUUUCUCAAACGCAUCUUCCGCGAAAGUGACGAGCGUCAUCAAGGGCGUGCCGGACAACAGGAUCUUGAUCGAAAGUGAUCUGCAUUGUGCCGGGGAAAGAAUGGAUGAGUUGCUCGAAGAAAUUGUGCGACGAGUAUGUGAGAUCAAGGAGUGGUCAAUACAACACGGAGCUCAACAACUUAAGCAGAAUUGGACGAAGUUCGUGUUCGGCUGAUAAAACUAUAAGCUGGGUCGGAGGACGAACCAGUUUCCAGAAAAAGUGGCACCGCCUGAUAGGGCGUAUCUCGAAGACACAAAGUCGAAGUCAGGCUGGUUUACAACAGCGGAUGCCUCGACAGCAAGACAGAAGCACUGUACGGUAUAGCUGAUGGCCUCCCCUCUGCCAAAUGCCAACGCUACAUCGUUGUGUGUGAAGGACUCCGGGAUGGCAACAAUGGGCAUCUGCUUGAAACUA